AUUUUAUUUACAUUUUUAAUUUUAAGUGAUUUAAUUUUGAAUUAUUUAUAGUCAUACUGCAGCCACUGCUUUAGCUCAAGGUUAUGUGUUUAACCAGCGAGAUCAGUUACUGCUACAUCAACAGAUGCUUGAACUUAUGGACUUGCUUUAAAAACAAAACUCAAAAAGUAAAUUUGUCAUCAGCGGCCAGAAACCAGCGUUACCGCAUAGCACUGAUGGACCAAGCCCCUCCUAUCUGAUUCCUGUCAGAUAACCCGUGUACAUUUAAUCAAACACGCUGUGUUUCACCUCACUUCUGCCGUCAUGAGGGCUAAGCUGGAGAUCCUGGCUCUGGUUCUGGGUGCCGUCGGUCUGGUCGGGACCAUCGCGGUGACCUCCAUGCCCAUGUGGAAGGUGACGGCCUACAUCGGGUCCAACCUCAUCGUGAUGGAGACGCUGUGGGAGGGGUUAUGGAUGGCCUGCAUACGGCAGGCGGACAUCAACAUGCAGUGCAAAGUCUACGACUCUCUGCUCAUCCUUCCGGCGGACAUCCAGGCGGCCCGCGGGCUCAUGUGCGCCUCCAUCACUCUCGCCGUCCUGGCUGUCCUGGUGUCCGUCUGUGGGAUGAGGGGAACAGACUGUUGCCAUGAUGACACCAGGGGCAAGAAUGUGAUCCUGCUGGUGGGCGGGUGUCUGUUCGUCGUCGCUAGCCUCGCCACUCUUCUUCCGGUCAGCUGGUCCACUCACUCCAUCAUCAGAGACUUUUACAACCCGAUGGUGGUGGAGGCGCAGAAGCGGGAGAUCGGACAGGCGCUGUAUGUGGGCUUCGCCACGUUCUUGCUCCUCCUGAUCGCGGGGGUGAUACUGCUGUGCCGUUACGGCCCCCGUCACAGGAAGGACGAGGAGGAGAAGAAGCCAUACAUCACAGUGGAAAAGGACAAGGCCGGGAUGAGCAUGCUGGGACGGACACCCUCUUCUGACACGUACCCGAAGAGUCAGUACGUCUGACAGACAGAACUCACUCACUUCACUUCAGUUUACUUAUCACUUUUAUUUCUUUGCAAAUUUUGAUCUGCAUUUAUGUUUCUUGGCCAUAUGAAUCAGUGAACUGAAUCCUGGUUAAUUAGAUUAAAUGUUCCUCAUUAACUAACUAAACACAUUAGUGUCUGAUGAUGUGAUUGUAGAUUAUAUUUUCAAGCAUUUUGUGUUGUAGUUCUGUUCUUGUAAGGUAAAACUGAAAUGUACUUGUGCAUGCACAAACAUAUGAUUUACUUACUGUGUUUAGAAUUUUAGUAGGGAUUAGUAAAUGAAGAAUUAGACUAAACAAGCUGUCAUAGUUAUCUUAAAAAUAUGUGCAUUAUUUGCAAAAAAAAAGUACAAAUGUUGUAUUAUUUAUUUACUUAUAAUGAAAUAUAUUAUUAUUAUUAUAUAUUUUAGUAACUGAUUUAUUUUG